AUGCUUUUCGGCGUCUUGGCCAAGACGCUUCAGACUGGAGAAGCAGCAACCUCCAAGCCGAACCGACCCCAGGCGGAGCAGCCAGAGCAGCCACCGCCGCGCCGCGACUAUCUGUCCUGGAAUCCGACGCCCGUUCCAGCGGAUGUGUCCCCCGCGUGGCAACCCGAGCAGCACUUGGCUCGCGCGUUCGAGGCGGCCAACAGCGGCAGUGUAAGCAGUCUCCAACCGGCGCUGCUGGCGACCGUCGCGGCGCUUAUGCUGACCCUCAUCGGUGUCGCCUACUACGUCAGAAUGGUGACCACGGCGCCGUGCUCGUCGCCAGCCUGCCAGCGACUCCAGGCGUUGCUGGACGCCAACCUAAACGCGUCGGUGCCGCCCUGCGUGGACUUCUACGGACACGUCUGCAGUCGCUGGGAAGCUGCGCACUCCCACUCUGUCAGAGACACUAUCUACCAAGAACUCAUGGCCAAAGUGGCGACUAUGGCGAAUGAGGCGACACCUCCCCAACGCGGGCAGACCGCGAUGCAGAAAGCCGCUAUGCUGUAUCAGUCCUGCGCGCAUGUCUACACGCUAGACCGCAACCACAUGGGCGAGGCGCGGUCGCUGCUGGCAGACUUCGGCGUACGCUGGCCUGAGUUGAGCAACACCUCGCGCCUUCUACGCAUCUUCGUUUCCAUGUCUACCACCUGGAGCUGGGCGAGCGUCCUCCAGUUCAUCGUGCAGAGUAACGGACACGUCACAUUGAGGCCCUCGCCCUUCUAUGGGUUGGUGUUAUCCGGGAGGCAGCGCAUGCUUGAGAAGAGUACCGACAAAGAUCACUACCAGGCGUACUACGACAGUAUGGUCGCCGCAUUCGGAGGCGUCAAUGCACGAGCGCAUUCCUACAGAGAACACAAAAUGCUAGAGGACAAGAUGGUACCCGCCCUGAGCGCUGCGCUCGCGACACCGAACUGGACCGCCCUGGAGAACAGCACCUUCAAGGCGAUGGUGAACAAGACCGAUAAUCCUAUCCAGAGUUCCGAAUGGGAGAGCAGCAUACGGUCGAGCUUGAACUUCUCCGAAGGCUCGGUCUUGCUCGUAAGCAUUGAGAACGUCUAUUUCUUCAAGCAGUUCUUUGCCUUAGUUGUGAGCCAGAGCGAAGCGGUCAUGGCCUAUUAUGUCGGUUGGGUUGUCGCACAGGCUCUCUCAUUACUGAGUAGUUCGGAGACAGUCACGAAGUACUUUAUUAGCGACAAGGCCUUAGCGAGUAGGGAACACGCGCUCUUCUGCGCCGACAUCACGCACGUGUACAUGGGAAUUGCUUUUUACGCGGAUUACUUGAGCCGCCAAAUCACGACGCGUGUGCUUGUCGACGUCCUGACCGUCGAGACCACCGUGCAGGCGGCUCUUCGCAGGCACCUCGGCGCGUCGCCGUGGUUGGGAGCCAUUCCCGAGCCCAUGCUGACGGAGGCGGGGCUGGUCGGCUCACUGCGACUGCUGGAGGCUCCCAACGCCACGACGUUGGACGACAUGUACGGACUCUUCCCAGACAUGAGUGAAAAUGUGUUCGACAACGUCCGUCUUGCGGCCGAUGCUCGUGCGAUGACCGCAGCCGACAUAUCUAUGGCGGAAUUCGUAACUAAUGGAAGCGCCCGCCUCUCCUUCCACCCCGCCCACGGCCAGUUCGAACUCUUGCCCGAAGUCCUUGAGAAGCCCUUAUAUGCGUUGGAAGACCUGGACGCUGUGAAGUACGCGACCCUGGGCGGCGAAGUUGCCGAGGCAUUCUCCGCUACCGCGUUCGCAGAAACGACCGACCGGAAACUCCAGCUGGCAUUUACGCUUAAGUCGGCCUGCUUUUUCGGAAGCCAGGUGCUGCUGCGUCACCUCGGGCUGGAGCACGUUGAGCUAGUGCGAAGGGUGACUUCGUUUCAUGUCAUCCUGGGUGCCCUAGCCGAGGCUACCAAUGGACGCGUGCAGACCGCCAGGCUAGCCGGCUACGAGGAUUGGACGGAUGUCGAGCUGCUUCUGGUGAUCUGGUGCUUCGUUCAGUGCGGUGGUCGCAACGGCCGACGCAAGUGCAACGGACCCCUCACCGUUGUAGACGAUUUCGCGCGCGCCUUUGGUUGCAAACAAGCUGACCCUAUGUACAGUGGACGUAAUUGCGCCAUUGCUCGGUGAGCCUAGACCGCGUAACGACGGCAACUAUUUUCGAGGUUGGCGCAAAUUAUCCUGGCAUAUGACCUGGCGUUAAGCGAGUUAUCAGAAAUCAAGUGUUUAGAAAUGACGUCAAAGCAGCAAGUAGUGGAGAAGUUAAUGAUCUGGAAAAGGUGCCUGUGACCUCCGGUCCAGCUAUAUUAUUUUUCGAUGCGAGUGAUUUUCUUUGCGUGGGGAGCAUUGUUGGUCAAAGUUUGUUAUGUAGCUCUUACUUAUUGUGUUAGAAAUGUGCCCGUGUGCCGGCCACUGUGAUGUGUUUUAUUUUGAUAGGCGUUGGCACCGGUUACUUGCGUUUCGAGAACUGGGGGCCAAAGGAACAUUUCACCCAUCUGGUGUUGGUACUCAGGGAUGCAAAGUGCACGCCCCUGAUGAACAUUCCUUGCGUUUAUUAUUCGCAUUUAUUGUUCCUGUAUAAUAAUAUGAAGCAGUAUCUUCUAUUACGAAUUUCACACUUCGUUUCGGUAUGUUAACUGUUCUGUGAAAACUUGGGUCGGUAGUCGGUUGUCUGUGUACAACACUAUUGCCUUAAAUACUGUGAAGCCACUUCUCACUCACGAGUAACCUCGUCUGAAUCUAUUUUGUC